AUGACAACCAGAAUCAACUUUUUCAAUCUCUCAGACGAUAAGCUUGUGUAUGAUGAAAGAAAGAAGAGAUUUGUCUUCCUCUAAGAUGCACCCGCAGUUGUCACCAGAAACUAUCAAAAUUCACAAUUCAAGGAGUAAAGACCUGAUUUGUCUGGAGAAGAGUUGUUUGAAUUCAGAUUAAAAUUAAAGAUUGGUUCUCAAUUCCUUAGACAAAUGAACUAUCAAACUAAGCUAGAAAUGAGAAGAUUGUGGAGAACUAUGGGUGGAAUGUCAUUCUAAUACUACCAACCAUUAUUGGAUGACUUCAUGACUUAUUUUGCCAUUGACAGACCAAGAACCUUGAGACUUUGGACAUGGGAUGACUCAACAAGAAUCGUUAAUUUCCUUACAGUGCACCUAAUGAGAGCUAAAAAAUACGGCCUUGAUAUUCCUCACCACACCACACCAUACAUGACAAAAGAACUAGCAAAAUAAAGAGAAGAUGAACUCACUGAGUUCUUUAUUACUGAAAUGAGAAAGGCUCCCAGUUCCGCUCUCAAGUAAUGA